AUGAAUAAUUUUAAAACAAGUACUAAGGUAAUUUAGUUCAACUAAUUUUAUGAAGAUUGAUAAAAUAAAGGUUCUUAAUGUAGCAGAGAAACCAUCUGUGGCUAGAUCAAUAGCUAAUGUGCUUAGUAAAGAUCAUCGUAUUGAAGAAACCAAAUCUCCAUUUAAUAAGCUAUUUAAGUUGGAUUAUAGAUUAAAAGAUGUGGAAGUAGAGAUGUGGAUAACCUCUGUUUCUGGACACUUGAAGAAUUUGAAGUAUCCAUAAAAAUACCAGAAUUGGGAGAAGUGGGAUCCAAUCAUAAUUUUAAAGGAAGCUGAAAUUGAAAAUAAUAUAUCAAAUGAUAAGUGUAAGUAAGUAUUAUAUAGGAAUUAGAAAACUUAGAAUUGAAUCUAAAAAACUUUGCUUCAAUCUGUAAUAGGUUAAUACUUUGGUUAGAUUGUGAUAGAGAAGGUGAAAAUAUAGCAUUUGAAGUAAUGGAAGUAUGUAAAGAAUCAAAUCCAAAUAUUUAAGUAUAUCGAGCUCAUUUUUCAGCUGUCACUUAUGUUGAUGUUCGAAGAGUAAAAUUUAAUAAUAAUAAAUUAUAAUUUUAGGCUUUAGAUACAUUAAAAUAUCCAGAUGAAAACUUAUCAAAUUCUGUAAUAGCAAGAUAAGAGAUAGAUCUAAGAAUAGGUGCAUCUUUUACUAGAUUUUAAACAUUAUUACUUUAAAAAUAAUUUAAUUUAACUUCUAUUGUAAGUUAUGGUCCUUGUUAAAUUCCUACACUUGGAUUUGUUGUUUAAAGAUAGAAAGAGAUAGACUCUUUUAUAAAAGAAUAAUUUUGGUUUAUUUAAUGUGAAGAUGAUUAAAAAUGUAUAUAUAAUUGGGAUCGUACUCAUUUAUUUGAUGAAUUCAUUGUUGUCUUAUUAUUUGAAAGAUGUUAUUAAGAUUAUGCAACAGUGAUUAAUGUCUAAUAAAAAGAUGUCUAAAAAUGGAAACCUUAUCCAUUAUGUACUAUAGAAUUUGAAAAAUUGGCAUCUAAAAAAUUAAAGAUUUCAGCCCAUAAAGCUAUGGAAUUAGCAGAAAGAUUAUAUAAUAAAGGAUAUAUUAGUUAUCCAAGAACUGAAACCAAUAAAUUUCCACCAACUAUUAAUUUAUAAACUAUCAUCAGAGAUUAAUAAAAUCAUCCUAUAUGGGGAGAAUAUGCAACUAAUUUAAUUAACUUUGCUUUUGAAUAUCCUAAAGCUGGAAAUAAGGAUGAUAAAGCACAUCCUCCUAUACAUCCUGUUAAAAUGAUGAUUGAAAGUGAAGCUUAAAAUAAAACAGAAUGGGAUGUCUAUUAACUUAUUACUAGACAUUUUUUAGCUUGUUGUUCUAAAAAUGCCAAAGGAUCAGAAACUACUAUUACUUUAUAAAUUAAUGAUGAAACAUUCUCAAAAACUGGUUUAGUUAUUAAAGAAAAGAAUUACUUAGAAAUAUAUAUAUAUGAUGAAUGGUCUUAAUCAUAAGUUCCUAAUUAUAAAUGCGGAGAUUCUAUCAAAAUCAAAUUAACACUUUAAAAAGGAUCAACAUCACCUCCUAAACCUAUGACUGAAGCUGAACUAAUAGGAUUAAUGGAUAAAAAUGGUAUAGGUACUGAUGCAACAAUUCAUGAACAUAUCAAUACAAUUUAAGAUAGAGAAUAUGCAAUUAAAAGAGGUUAAAUCAUUAAACCUACUAGAAUAGGAUUAGCUUUAGUUGAAUCUUAUGAAAUUUUAGGAUUUACUUUACAUUAACCAUUUCUAAGAGCCAUUAUGGAACAAAGAAUGAAUGAAGUAGCCCUAGGUAAGAAAGACAAAUCUUAAAUAGUUUAAGCAACUAUAGAUGAAAUGACUAUCAUUUUAAAAUAACUGUAAGAAAAAUAAAAGUUAAUCAUAAAGACUUUUGGAUAAUAUUUGGAAGCUCUCAAGAAUUAUGAUGAAGACAAUAAUAAUGAUGAUAAUGAUGGUAAUAAUAAUAAUAAUAAUAAUAAUAAUAAUAAUAAUAAUAAUAAUAAUAAUAAUAAUA